AUGGAGGCCACGCAGGAGACGUCCCUCUUCCUGGAGAAGAUCCUGGAAGAGCUGGACCGCAAGCAGGGCACGGUCGACUACCAGGAGCUGUGCGCGUCGCUGUGCGCCCGGCUGGACCUGGCGCAGCUGGCCCGGCUGCGGGGCGCGCUCCUGUACACGGCCUGCCUGGACCCCGGCUUCCCGGCCUCGCUCUUCAAGGACCGGGAGGCCUGCGCGGGGGGCCCGCGGGCCACGAAGCUGGCGGUGGCCGCCGACAUCGUGGCCAUCUUCCACCUGGCCCAGGCGGGCGGGGCGGCCGGCGGGGGCCAGCAGGGGAGCCAGAAGGGGGCGGCCGAGCCCGGCGAGCGGCCCCUGGGCCGGGGGCUCCCCGCGAGGCGGCCCGCCGCGCGCCAGAAGGCCGACCGCCCCGAGUGCGUGCCCGCCUCCGAGCCCGGCUUCUCGCUGGGGGUCCGGAAGGAGGCCAAGCACCGCGCCGCCUCCCUGGACCGGCUGCCGGCCGGGGCCCCCUUCCCCGGGGCCGGCCCCCCGCCCUGCGAGAUGCAGAGGACCCGCUUCCCCAUGCACCUCGACGGAGAGUCCGUCUCCGACCGGGACUCCCCGCCCGUCGGCCCGGCGCUGCGCGACGCCUUCCUCCCCCACGACGAGGGGCCCUUCCUGGGGCCGCCCCGUGGGCCGGAGAGGAGCGCCUUCCAGGGGGACUUCCCGCUCCUGGUGGCCGCCUCCCCGGCCGCGGGGCGGCCCGGCCGCGGGGCGGAGCCGCCCAGGCGCAAGGAGCCGCCCCGGGCGCCCUUCUUCAACCACAGCUUCGAGAUGCCGGGCCCCGGCCCGUACCUGAGCCCCGGCUACUCCCCCGGCCCCGGCCGGCGCCGCGCCAAGCACGAGAGCCUGGAGGACCUGCAGGCCUCCACCUACUUCGGCCCCACCGCCCCGGCGCCCGGCGCCCGGGACGCCCGGCGCGGCCCGGGGCGGCCCAGCAGGCAGACCCCGUGGCCCGCCAAGAGCUGGAGCCUCACCGCGGAGGACGGCCCCGGCUUCGAGGGCGCGGAGGCGACGCCCCCCUUCCCCGGCUCCGGCAGCCAGACCCCCGGCCUCUCGGCCCCCGAGGGGCGCCCCGCUUUCUUGGGGCCCGAGGAGCCGCAGCGGAUCCUCCCCGCGGGCUACAGGGCGGCGGUGAAGCCCGGCGGGCCCGGCGCCAAGGAGAAGCCGACCGCCCCGGACCCGGGGCCCCGAGAAGCCGGCCCCAAGUUCCAGGACAAGUCUGCCGGUGGGGCGGGCCGGCAGCUCAGCUCGGACACCAGCAGCGUGGGGACCCAGACGGAGCAGCCCGCGCCCCGGCCCCCGAGGCGGCCCGACCCGGGCGAGCCGCUGGCCAGGAAGCCGUCGGACGACAGCUCGGAGGGCGUCAGCGACGACAUCAGCGACAUCUUCCGGUUCCUCGACGACUCGGGGCUGGUCCAGUCCUCCUGCUACAACAGCACCGGCUCCCUGUCGCAGCUCCACCGGUCGGACGGCGACAGCUCCCCCGAGCGCCCGCGCGCCCAGGUCGCCGACGGGGCCCCCGGCGGCCGGGGGGAGGGCCGCGGGCCGGACCGCGCGCGCCCCUCCGAGGAGGAGCUCAAGACCAGCGUGUGCCAACUGGUGCUGAGGAUCGGCGAAAUCGAGCGCAAGCUGGAGUCGCUGUCGGGCGUCCGCGAGGAGAUCUCCCAGGUUCUGGGCAAGCUGAAUAAGCUGGACCAGAAGAUGCAGCGGCCGGACGUGCUCAGCGUGCAGGUGGACCUGAACUCCCUGGCCAGCGAGGUCCCGUCGGAGGACGGCACCUCGCCCGGGGCCUUCCGCGCCCGCCGCGGCGCCCGCGGGCCCCCGCCCGACGGCGACGACUGGUGCUGCUCCGAGGCCAGCGGCGGCCACGGCGAGAGCCUGCGGGUCCGGGCCCUGAAGAAGAGCCUGGGCCCCCGGCCGCCCUCCCGCUCCCUGACCGAGGAGGACAGCGCCACCGAGUCCAAGAUGCCCAGCAGCGCCAACUCCCCCAGGGACUGGCGCACGCUGACCCGCCCCGGCCGCCCCGGCCAGCCGCCCGCCAACGCCGGCCCCGGAGAGGACGAGAAGGCAGACAGGCAGUAUGACCUCCCUCCGCAGCACCGGCCGCCCAAGCAGCCCAAGGCUGGCUUCCUGGUGGAGCAGGUGUUCAGCCCGCACCCCUACCCCGCCUCCCUCAAGGCCCACGCGAAGAGCACCCCGCUCUACACGGACAUGCGGCGGACGGAGCUGGCCGAGGUGGCGCGGGGCCCGGGCUCCUGGGCCCUGGAGGAGUACGCGCGCAACGCCGGCGACAAGGGCAAGCUGGCCGCCCUGGACCUGCAGACCCAGGAGUCAUUAAACCCAAACAACUUGGAAUACUGGAUGGAAGACAUUUACACUCCGGGCUACGACUCGCUACUCAAGCGGAAGGAGGCCGAGUUCCGACGAGCCAAGGUGUGCAAGAUGGUGGCCCUGAUCGGCGCCGCCGCCUGCACGGUCCUGCUGGUCAUCGUGGUGCCCCUCUGCACGAUGAAGUCCUGAGCCCGCGCCCGCGCCGACUCC